AUAACUUUCCAAAAAUGGAAUCCAUUGGAUCUAGUUCCACCCCUUCCAACAACCACCACCACCACCACCAUCGCCGCCAUUUGAUGCCAACACAACCACUCGCCGACAGAAUUAUCCGUGCAGUCAGCCACCAUCUCCGCCUCCUCCACCACUACGACACCACUUUCUUUAUCUUAGGUGCAACUGGAAAUGUAUACACUGUUAACCUCUCCACCACCCCAUCAUGCAGUUGCCCUGAUCGAACCGCCCCAUGUAAACACAUACUAUUCGUGUUCAUCCGUGUAUUGGGUGUCUCAGUUGAUGACAUGUGUCUUCUCCGGCGAACUCUCAGGCCAUGCGAGCUCCAACGCCUUCUUAGCUUACCUAUCUCAAUUGAAUCACUAGCAAACCCUAAUGUUCGAGAAAGGUUUCACCAGUUAUUUUUUCAAGAACGGUCAAAAUGUUCACCGUUGAAAAUAGAGAUAGAGAAGGGUGUAACAUGUCCAAUAUGUUUGGAAGAAAUGAACAAGGAAGAAAGAGUAGCAGCUUGUGGGACUUGUAGGAAUCCAUUACAUGAAGAAUGUUUGAUGGCAUGGAAGAGAAGUAACAGAAGAAGAUCAAUUAAGUGUGUGAUAUGCAGAGCAAGAUGGAGGGAUGUGAGGGCUAAUUCUGAGCAACAAGACAAGUAUUUGAAUUUAUCUGCUUAUGAUGAUAUGCAAGGGGAAGAUAGGCAAAGCCAUUGUGGGAGUUAGGCCCUUUCGAUAAUUAUUUUAGGGUUUGAUGAUCAGUUGACUUGUAAUGUUGUGUUAAUUAUAUAUAACUACAAAAGUAUGUAUAUAUAUUCAAGCAGCAGCGUAUCUAAAGACAUUCUAAA